CUCAACCGCAGCCCCAAGGCCAGGCCAGGCCUCCCGAUACCCUUGUGGAUCCCCACGACCCCCGCCUGUGUCCCGCGCAAACUUUAGCUGCAAACGGCGUCGUCCUUCUCCCUAGCAACGCUUCUUCUCUCACUUUCGCAGCCCCCGCUUUCCGUCACCUCGACUUCUGGCCGCAGCAUCCGGACCGCAACCAUGGAAGGCGCACCAGACAUCAACACGGUUCUCACCAACUCGCUGAGUCCUGACGCGACUCUGCGCAAUGCCGCCGAGCAGCAACUUAUCCAUGCCGCCGAGACAAACUUUUCGCAAUACCUCCUCACACUCGUCCAAGCCCUCGCGAAUGAGAGCAUUGAGGGCCACAUUCGUGCCGCGGCAGGUAUCGCCUUGAAGAACGCCUUUAGUGCACGCGAGUUUGCAAGGCAAGCCGAACUACAACAAAAAUGGCUCGAUCAGACCGAUCAAGAGACCAAGACGCGCAUCAAGCAGCUGGCCUUGGAGACGCUAUCAUCCACCAAUGCCCAGGCCGGUCAGGCGACGGCCCAGGUCGUCGCCGCGAUUGCCGCGAUCGAGCUUCCCCGUAACCAGUGGCCCGAACUCAUGCACGCGCUCGUGCGGAACGUCAGCGAGGGCUCUCAACAUCAGAAGCAGGCCUCCCUGACCACGAUCGGUUUCAUUUGCGAGAGCCAAGAGCCGGAGCUUAGAGCCAGCUUGGUCGCCCAUUCCAACGCUAUCUUGACGGCCGUUGUACAGGGGGCGCGCAAGGAGGAGCCCAACAAUGAGGUUCGCCUCGCUGCUAUUACCGCCCUCGGCGACUCGCUCGAGUUCGUAGGCAACAACUUCAAACACGAGGGGGAGCGCAACUACAUCAUGCAGGUGGUCUGCGAAGCCACGCAGGCCGAGGAUUCUCGGAUACAACAGGGUGCAUUUGGCUGCCUGAACCGCAUCAUGGCCCUCUAUUACGAGAAUAUGAGGUUCUACAUGGAGAAGGCUCUCUUCGGGCUCACAAUUCUGGGAAUGAAGAGCGAGGAUGAGGACGUAGCCAAGCUUGCGGUCGAGUUCUGGAGCACAGUGUGCGAAGAGGAGAUCGCCAUUGAAGACGACAAUGCCCAAGUUGAGAGCUCCGAUCAGAUGCGACCCUUCUACAACUUCAGUCGCGUCGCCACAAACGAAGUCGUUCCAGUCCUGCUCGGUCUCCUCACCAAGCAGGACGAGGACGCCACGGAUGACGAGUACAACAUUUCGCGGGCGGCUUAUCAAUGUCUUCAGCUCUACGCUCAGGCGGUCGGUGCAGCAAUCAUCCAACCCGUCAUUCAGUUCGUGGAGGCCAAUCUGCGUCAUGAGGACUGGCAUAACAGGGACGCGGCCGUCUCUGCGUUCGGCGCCAUCAUGGAUGGUCCCGAGGAGAAGCUGCUGGAUCCCAUCGUGAAGUCGGGCAUUCAACCUCUGAUCAGCAUGAUGGAGGAUCCCUCUGUUCACGUUCGAGAUUCCACUGCCUAUGCUCUCGGCCGGAUCACCGAGGCUUGCUCCGAGGCUAUCGACCCAGAGCAGCACCUCGAACCCCUGAUCCGCUCGCUCUUCACCGGGCUGAUGAACAACCCCAAGAUGGCCGCCUCGUGCUGCUGGGCCCUGAUGAAUGUUGCCGAGCGGUUUGCCGGCGAGCCGGGAGCUGCCCAGAACCCUCUGACGCCGCACUUCAACCAGAGCGUGAGCAACCUGCUGACGGUCACCGGGAGGAUGGAUUGCGAGCCCGCGGUACGGACUGCGGCAUACGAGGUUCUCAACGUCUUUGUGCAGACCGCCGCCAAUGACAGCCUCAGCGCCAUUGCGUCCCUUUCCACCGUCGCUCUCCAGCGCCUAGAGGAGACCCUCCCUCUGCAACAGCAGGUUGUCAGCGUCGAGGAUAGGAUCAUCCUCGAGGACAUGCAGACAAGUCUCUGCACCGUCCUGCAGGCUACCGUUCAGCGGUUGGACAAGGAGAUUGCUCCUCAAGGCGACAGGAUCAUGCAGAUUCUUCUGCAGAUUCUGAGCACCGUCGGAAGCAAGUCUAGCGUUCCGGAGUCGGUUUUUGCCGCCAUCAGCAGCCUUGCCAAUGCCAUGGAGGAAGACUUUGUGAAGUACAUGGAGGCCUUCACUCCAUUCCUCUACAACGCCCUGGCCAACCAGGAAGAACCAAGUCUUUGCUCAAUGGCCAUUGGCCUUGUGAGCGAUAUCACGCGCGCUCUGGGAGAGCGCAGCCAACCGUACUGCGACAAUUUCAUGAACUAUCUCUUGAGCAAUCUUAGGAGCACGGCUCUUGCCAACCAGUUCAAACCGGCCAUUCUCCAGUGCUUCGGAGAUAUUGCUAGCGCUAUCGGCGGCCAUUUUGAGACCUACCUCACCGUUGUGGCCCAGGUGUUGCAGCAGGCCGCCACUAUCACCGCUGGCGCCGACGUCUCCUACGAGAUGUACGACUAUAUCAUCGCCUUGCGCGAAGGCAUCAUGGAUGCCUGGGGUGGUAUCAUCGGUGCAAUGAAGACAAGUAACAAGACCGCCAUUCUUCAACCUUUUGUGCCAUCUAUUUUCGAGCUGCUCAACGCUAUCGCCAACGAUGUUAACCGUAGCGAGGCGUUGAUGCGGUCAUCCAUGGGUGUUAUUGGCGACCUGGCAGACGCGUACCCCAACGGCCAGCUGGCCGACGCUUUCCGCCAAGAUUGGGUUACCGCGAUGAUCAAGGAGACUCGAUCGAACCGGGAGUUCCAAUCUCGUACCAUCGAGACUGCCCGCUGGGCCCGUGAGCAGGUCAAGCGGCAAAUCGGCGGAACGCAGACAGUCAUGCAGCAAACAUGAGAGAUCCAA